CACAGAUCACAUACAUGUCCAGUGUCGCGUACUAGCCUACGAAAUGGACGUGCAUUUCCCGAGGCGUGUGGACGAACUGUGAAGGACAUGUUCAAGUUAUGAUGGCCAGCGCGCCAUAGGAUGACUGUUUGUGUGGUGAACGCUGCUGAACAAAGAAUAUGACGGAUCAUGGUUGAUGACUAAACAGUGUGUUUGUCGUUUUGGUCGGCUGAUAGAGGAGGGAAAACAUUCCUAGACAGUAAUCCUGAUAAGCCACUAAUCUCUAUUUUCCGUGAUACAUCGUCAACAAGUUGAUUAAAGUUAAGGUCCACCAUCGGAGCGAGUGACAACAUAUGAUUAGAUGACGCAAAAAACACCAGGAUAUUAUUCUGAAAAAAGGGGAAGAAACGACACCUGUUUUUUUCGUGACAUGUUGGUGAAUUACCUGCGGAGAUGUGAGAUAAUUAUUUAUUUUGCUCGUUAAUUCAAAAGUGACAGAUUAUGUGUAAUGUGUAAACAUCUGAUUAUAAAUAUCAGGAUUAACUUUGAUGUGAUAAUACUUUUAACACAAAUUAGGAGGGAUGUGAACAAAUUAUCUUGAUUCCAACAUCUGGAUAUGAUUAUCAUUUCGUUUAAUUUGGUACGAUAGCGGUAUAUAAAAAUGGCUAAUAGUCUGCUGAAAGGCAAGCGCUUUUUCUGCCGGGAGUGGGCUUUCAGUAAAAUCAACCACUGCCUUGAGAACCGACCCUCAUCCAAAACAUGUGGCGCGCUCAUUAUGGGCGGACCGGGGUGUGGCAAAACUGCCUUGUGCUGUGAACUUGUGUGGCCGAUAGCCUCACAGGGCAAACAGAAGGUGUUGAAUAAGAGAAUUCUGUCCUUCCACUUUUGUCAAGCUCAUGACAUCGGUAGUUUGUCACUGGCUUGUUUUAUCCGUGACCUUAUAAAACAAUUACGGGAGUCAAACCUGAUCAGUGGUUACAGGGAGCUUGUUAGUUCCGCGGAAAUACAACAGUUAAUUAGCCCUAGUGAAUGUGAAAAAAAUCCCGAUGUGGCAUUCCAGAGGGCCGUGUUGGAGCCCCUGUCUUCAUUAGAGUCGCCAAAACAGACCCUGUUCAUGCUCGUGGACUCUGUGGACGAGUCAUACCUAACCUGUACUAGUGACAGGACUACUGGCAGUAAAACAAUCGCCGAGUUGUUAGCCAAUCAUCACACAGAUUUCCCUAAGUGGCUUUUAUUGGUGUGCUCAUCUCGUAAACAGAGCAAGUCGGUGACACGACUGUUCACAGGGUUUCGUAAAAUUAGUUUGGAUGAUUUGAGGAAAUCACACGUAGUUCGAGAUGUCCAACAGUAUAUCCUGUGUCGCCUCGACCAAGAGGAGGAGUUACGACAGCACCUCAGUCGCGACACUGCGGAAAUGUUAAACCAAUUGCACAUUAAAAGCAAUGGAUGUUUCCUAUAUUUAGAGAAAGUGUUGGAUGGUGUGGCUGAGAAUUUUAUCAUGCUGAGAGAAAUUCGUGAAAUUCCCGGAACAUUGAAUGGUUUGUAUUUGUGGUUGUGCCAAAGAUUGUUUGUUCGUAAGCAAUUCACCAAGAUACAGCCGAUUCUGAAUGUGAUUCUGGCCUCCCGUGCGCCACUCAGUGAGUCUGAACUGUUUCAGUGUGUGAGGACAAAAAACACGACGCUCGCGGAGAAGGAAUUCCUAGGUAGACUGAAGUUAUUAUCUAAAAUACUAACAGAAGGCCCCGACCAGUGCAAAAUACUGUUCCAUCACAGUUUCGCAGAGUGGCUGCUGGAUGUGAAGCACUGCACACAGAAGUAUCUAUGCCUGGCUGCUGACGGCCAUGGCAUGUUGGCAAUGCAUUCCAUGGUAAAUGGCCCCAAAUUAACUGCUCUGCAAGUACAGGAUUUUGCCGGGCAUCUGGUGAAGGCUAAUUUACAGGACCCACUUCAGCAUCACCACUUGGUACAGAUAUUGCUGCUGUCAGAGGCUAACGUGGAGGACAGCUUGUCAGCAGGUGUGCCUAAGGAACAGAAGGUUACCAAGCUUUUACUGGAUGCUGGUGCCAAGCCUCCGGAGGACUCGGAGGAGGCACAAACAGCAAGUCUUCAUGCGAGCAUGAUAGAGGAAGCCGAGGCUGAACCUAAGCUUCCGAUGGAACUUGAUAUCCCUAUAAAUCAGAUCGACAGCAAUGGUCGGACAUUGUUACAUACAUCAGCACAUCAAGGGAACCUAGAACUAGUAAACUUUAUUUUGUCAAAAUCUGUGGAAUUGGAAGCGAUUGAUAAGAAUGGUCAAACAGCCUUGAACCUAGCUGCCAGACAAGGCCAUCCAGAGGUCGUGGCUGCAAUUCUCAAGGCUAGUGCUCAAGUUGAUCAUGCAGAUGGAGAUGGCUGGACACCACUUCGGUCAGCUGCCUGGGGUGGAAACACGGAUGUGGUUAGUUUACUUCUGAGUGCCAACGCUGAUGUCAACCAUGCCGAUGCUGACCAGAGAACGGCCUUGAGGGCCGCAGCAUGGGGAGGUCACGAGGAAAUUGUUAUGAAGUUGCUGAAACAUAAUGCUGAUGUCAACAAAGCAGAUAACGAGGGGCGGACGGCACUAAUUGCUGCAGCCUACAUGGGUCACGCAGAAAUUGUUAACCACCUGUUAAAGUAUGAUGCUGACAUCAACCACGAGGAUUGUGACGGUCGUACGGCAUUGUCCGUCGCGGCGCUGUGUAUCCCUGCAAGUCAAGGUCACGAAGAUGUGGUUAGCAUCCUCUUAGAACAGGGAGCAGAGGUCAAUCAUGAGGACAAGGACGGUAUGACCCCACUUCUAGUGGCCGCAUGUGAAGGUCACAAGGACGUUUGUGAACUAUUGUUGGAUUCGGAUGCAGAUUGUGAUCACGCUGAUAAAAAAGGCCGGACACCAUUACUAGCUGCAGCGUCCAUGGGACACUCAAAGAUUGUGAACCAGCUCCUUUUCUGGGGCUGUGCCGUGGAUACGAUAGAUUCCGAAGGACGGAUUGUGCUGAGUAUUGCCGCGGCUCAGGGCAAUGUGGAAAUUGUCCAGCACUUGCUUGACCGCGGUCUGGAUGAGAUGCACAAGGACAAUGCCGGCUGGUCCCCACUACACAUGGCUGCUUAUGAAGGACACGUUGAGGUUUGCGAUACGCUGGUUAACCACUGUGCUCGUGCCAACGAGACUGACAACGAUGGCCGCCAUCCCCUCAUUUUGGCCGCCCAAGAAGGUCACUUGGGUGUGGUCACUUGUCUUAUCCAGCACAUGGCACUUAUUGACCACCGGUCACACGAUGGAAAGACUGCAUUCCGAGUGGCUGCAUUUGAAGGCCACAAAGAAGUGGCCCGAUAUCUCAUCACCAUGGGAACCAACAUCAGCUACAAGGACGCAGAUGGUAGAUCCACUCUCUACAUCCUAGCUCUCGAAAACAAAGUCGACAUGGUUGCCUUCAUCCUAGAGAUGGGUGUCGAUGUAGAAUGCACAGAUAUAGAAGGACGCACAGCUUUACACGUGGCUGCCUGGCAAGGUCAUUUUGAGGUUGUAGAACUUUUACUGCGAUACAACACAAACGUGAAUGCCGUGGACAAUGACCAGAGGACAGCUUUGCAGUCGGCUGCUUGGCAAGGUCACGACAACAUAGUGCAACUUCUCCUCGAGAAGGGGGCUUCUGUAGACCACACAUGUAACCAGGGGGCCACGGCUCUGUGUAUCGCGGCUCAGGAGGGGCACGAAACUGUAGUCAAGGUUCUCCUCACUUACAAGGCCAACCCAAACCAUGCCGAUCAGUUCGGACGGACUCCAGUCAGGGUGUCGCUCAAAAGUGGACAUUCCAAAGUGUGUAAAAUCCUGGAGGAGUUUGGGGCCGUACUUCCCAGUAGUAGUAAAAGUCGCAGCAGUUCAUCAGCGUCGAGUAAUGAUGCUCGACCAUCAUGUGUUUCUGGGCCAGUGAAUGGUGUAGGGGUUGUCGUCAAUGGCAACCAGCUCAACAGUUCACCCUCGGACUCUCCAGAUUCCACAUUUGACCGAAGGAAGUCAUAUGCAUCUAACAAUUCCUCAAAGUCAUCUAGCAAUCUGACAUCGUCCACCAAUCAGAGCUCACAGAGCGGAGCCACGACGACGACGACGGCCAAUGGAGACUGUCUGACCUUCACUCAACAGUUACAACAGUGUUCGAUGGCGCGGCACCGCACACGUCCAAUCAGCCGUGUCCUGUCGCCCGUCAGUGAACCACAGAGUCCAGUACAAUCACCACCAAUGUCGCCAAACACAGAGGUGCAGAAAAUUGUAGGAAACGAGCAGAAACUUUCGCCAGUGACUGAAAGGAAUUUCAACAUUCUUGGGCCGUCACCGGUCAAAUUUCCCAACUGUAAACACAAGGAAAUUAAGGCGACUAUAAACAUUAUCACAAAUCCUAAUCCCGAUUUGUCGGAGGAGCCAGUGUGGCUGGUCAAUCAUGCACAUUUCCAAAACAAUUUAGAAAAACUACGGUUAAAACAAAACGCUUUGACGUGUGAUCAGCCGAUAAUGGGACAGAGUGCUUUAGAAAUGCGGUCGCCAGACUCCAAACCAAAACGGAACGGAAUUGUGACAAAUCCCAAAAUCAAAGGAGUUAACGGACAGUUUAAGAAAGUUCUAGAAAGGAAUGACAAAAUCAUUAAUGGGACAAAUGGCUCGCUGAUAAAUAACGAGCACAACAUCCCAAGUAACAAUUACAAGGGGCCCCCUCGACCUAACGGCCUACCCCUGAAGAAGGAGACGCCCUUGUGACUAGCACAGCAGUACACAAUCUCCUCUGUACAG